AUGGCAACGGAAAAGCCGGAAGUCUCAACUCUCACCCCCGAGCAGAAAGAGCUCAUUCAGCUGAGGAAAAAGGUAUUGGAGCUGGAAGCUCGCAACCUGAAUCGAGAAUGGUGCGUGAAGAAAAUAACCCCCGCUCGAAUCAGCUCGGAGAAGCGGGUCCCUCGCAGUAGGUCACUGACCGCAGAGCGAGGACCCAGCUCAGAGAGAGACAAACGAGCGCGAAUCCAGGUUGUUCCAGAUGAUUCCCCAUUUUUCCGGGAGAUUCUGGAAGAACCCAUAAAGAAGGUGAAGAUGCCGAGCUGCAAGUACAAUGGAACCACAACACCCAAAAGCCACAUAUCAGCUUUCGAGAAUCAUAUGGUACUCUACACCAUGACAGACUCAGUCUGGUGUAAGGCUUUCCCACCAACUCUGGAGGGGCUGGUAGCGAAAUGGUAUGGCGCCAUCCCCAAAUGUUCUGUAUACUCGUACAACCAGCUGAAGAGAAUGUUCAUGGAGCAUUUCAUAACCUUGGUGGACAGAACCAAGAUGACAACCGAGCUGAUGUGCCUGGUUCAGGGAAAGGAUGAGCCCCUGAGGGAGUUCAUCACCAAAUUCAACAAGGAGGCAACCAUUCCAAAUAUGAGCCAGGAGGUAGCGCUGUUAGCAAUGCAGAGUUGCCUACUGCCAUUCAAAGCAUAUGUGGGGCGUAAGAGCCUCAAAACGCUCGCCGAAGUGCUGGGUAAAGCGCAUGAGUUCAUCAAAGCAGACAAGACUGACAUAGCAAUGCUGGGUAGGAAAGCAACAGGUGACUCAGUUAAGCGGGCAGAGGUCACCCGGGCAGAGAACACACCCUGGGUGGACCAGCCAAGCAGGGAUGAGCAAAACUACAGAGAAGCGGACAGGGCAGUGGGACUGAGAAGGUCCGAUCCAAGGAGAGGGCCAAGGCCUGGGAAGUUAAAUCAGUAUACCCCACUAACCCAUUCCAGAUCUCACAUAUUCAGCGUAAAUAAGGCUGAUUAUAAGUGGCAGAGGCCUCCAAGGAUGGUAAACAGGAGUCGUGAUACCAGUAAGUGGUGUGACUUUCACAGGGACUAUGGCCACACCACUGAAGAAUGCACGCACUUGAAGGACAACAUAGAGGACUUAGUCAGGAGAGGAUACUUGAGUCAAUUUAAGCAGCGUGAUGACCCUCCCAGAAGAAGGGAGGAGGAUAAAGCGGGCUGA